GAACUCCACGUGCUGCUCACUACUCGAGCUCUGCAUCUAAGCUCUCACCCCGGACAAGCGUCUUUGCCCGGAGGGAAGAUGGAUGCGCCAGAAACACCCGCAGAAACUGCAUUGAGGGAGUCUGAAGAGGAGGUGUAUCUGCCCAUCGAUGAUGAGGGCUUGGUUAGGCUGGGUCUAGGCAAGCCAUGUGAGCAUGGGAAAGUGGUCCACCCUUACUUUGUCCUGUUAUCUCCCUUGAGCACCUCGCGCAUUCUGUCACAGCUCCGACCCUCGCCAGACGAAGUGUCGCGGAUAUGGAGCCACCCUCUUCGGGCUUUAUUAUCAUCCGAAGCGCCACCCGGAUUGAAGUUGCGCAAUCCUUCAACAGUGGACAGGCAUCGACCUGCGCAGGAGUGUUACAGAUCUUUUUCCGAUGUGGACUGGUUCGGCGGCAAGUACCGUCUGCAUCGAUUCAGGAGCGCCCAAGAACACCUCAAGGGCUUGACCUGCGAUAUCCUACUCUACGCCGUCAGUCUGCUGUACGCAUCGCCAUCGUUCAACGUGCACGCGCCUCAGCAGCGCACUUUCGACUCGCUGGUCGAAGAAAUAGUGCAGCGUCAUAAACGACGGCAAGGCCGAGCAUCGCAACGCUGGGGAGAUGGAGAGAGCGGGGACAAGCAAGGAACAUCCGAAGCCUUUGGCACGGUCCAGGGCAGGGAUUGGGUUGCCGUAGCCAAAGACGAGGUGCAAGAAUCAUUGGCGGGGCUGGAAAAUGGGUUGGACUCGCGCGAGGCUAAAGAUGAGAGGGGAGAGACUAGGGAAGAUCCUGAUUGGGUAACGAGAAGGAGGCGGACGCUGAUCAAUGCCUAA